UGGAUCAGGCCACUGUCAAGACCUGAAGCGAUUGAUGCACUCAUUGCUGGCGUGGACCGCUACAAUCCUUCAAACUUCACCCUGCUCGAGGCAUACGUGACCAGCCAAGUCAAUGACAGGACUUAUGACCCUCUGGCGAAUUUAGCAAUCCUCAAAUUGGUGCAAUUCAAUCCGGACCUCGUUCCACAAGAGGAGCCAGCGAUGAUCUAUACGAUCUUGCUCAAGGCUAUCGCACAUCAGCCCUUCGGCAGCGACUACGGUCUUUGCCUUGCCCUCCUUGCUGACCGCUUCUCUACGCUCUACUCCACGCAGGAGACCCUCGACAUCUUCCGCUCGCUCAGUCAUUUCUCUGCUCUCCUCAAUGCGCGACAGUUCCAGCAAUUCUGGUCAGAGUUGCGAGCAGCCGAGAUUUCAGCCAAGCUUGCCCCCGCACUGAGCACAGUGCCAAGCAUCGAAGACAUCCUACGCGAGAGCAUCGCGCGCUCCGUCGUGUCCGCAUUCAGAUCGAUUUCGCUCGUCAGACUGAACAGCUGGCUCGGCUUAUCUGGCGACCAGGUCACUGCGCCUCUCGAAGCUAUCAUCAAAUCUCAAGGAUGGUCGCUUGAUGGCCAUCUGAUCCGAUUGCCAACGACGCCCGAGAAUGAUCCAAAAGCGACACUUGUCAAGGAAGAGAUGGCGCUCGAGAAGCUCUCGAAGUUGCUACGCUCGUCAUAG